AGUUUAUGUUUUUGAGUGCUGCGGAGUGACGGAGGGACGCAAGACUGCAGGACAGCCGCCCUUUUUAUUUGUAAAUUAUUUAUUUUAUCAUAUGUGCCGGAAUUCGUGCGCAUUGUAUAAAUCUAACAGUUUGAGCAUGGCUGCGGAGUUUUUAGUGAUGUUGUAUGAGUAUUCUCCUCUCUUUUACAUUACUGUCAUAUCAGUAUGUUUCAUCAUCACUGUAGCUGUGGUGCUGGGCUGGUUUGGAUUCGAUGUUCCAGUCAUUUUACGUAGCUCGGAUGAGACUGAUUCUGUCACUCUUGUCCCUGAGAGGAAGAUGGUGCAGGUGAUCAAUCCCUUCGCUUUGGAGAUGGGCUCUACGGCUGGUACAGUCAUUGAGGGUCUGAGCUUGCGGCCGUAUUGCCUUGAAGACGGCGUCCUCAGCUGUUUCUGGGGUUGUGGUGUUCAGGCUCUCCAGAAAGCACUUCAGAGUCACCAGCGAGGGCCCAGACUUGGCACCCCAGAGCUGUUUAAAGAUGCUCUGGAUUUCAGCUACCACCACUGCCAAAGCUUCAAUAUACAGAAAGAGGAAAGGGAGGAAUGCUUCACCCAGAUGCCACCAGAUCUCGGGGUGAGCGAUUUUGGGUUGCUGCCUCGGGAUCGGUAUCCCCUGGUGGCUGUGUUGACACUGGCCAAUCCGGAAACAAGGGACAACUACAAUAUUGUGACUAGUGUGACUGUGCUCCAUGUCCCUGAUGAUAAAUAUAGACUUUCGGGGAGAAUCUUGUUCCAGUAUCUUCUCACAGCACAUGGGAGCAUGUAUGAUUUGAAGCCUCUUUUCAUGUCAGCUGACACCAGCAGUAUGUCUGGACCCACCGAGCCUUCUACCAGCACACAAGGGGUGGUAUCGCAACUUGAAGGUCUAGAUGAAAAAGAGGAGGAGUCUGAAUCAGAAGGGGAGUGGCCAGACACCCAAGGCAGGGACUGUGUGGUGUGUCAAAACGCACCAAUAAAUAGAGUGCUGUUGCCAUGCCGACAUGCAUGCGUAUGCGAUGGAUGUGUGCACUGCUUUCAGCACUGUCCGAUCUGCCGUGCUUAUGUCUUUGAAUCUUUUUCUCUGUGUAACUGGACAUCACAUGAUGAAGAAAAGGACUUAAUGGAGGAUUAAAUCGGUCUCUGAACCAAAUGCAAGCAAUUCCUUGCUGGACUGAACAUAAAAGGAAACCUUGUAGCUUCUAUUAGGUUAAUGGAUGCAGGCAUCUGACCUUUACCUACAGUUGAAGUCAGAAGUUUCCAUACACCUUAGUCAAAAACAUUUUCAUUGGGUCAGUAGUUUACAUACAUUUUGUUAAUAUUUAAUAGCGUUGCCUUUAAAUAGUUUACCUUGGGUCAAACAUUUUGGACAGAACUGGUGUAACCGAGUCAGGUUUGUAGGCCUCCUUGCUCGCACAUGCUUUUUCAGUUCUGCCUACAAAUUUUGUCCUGCAGCAAAGCACCCCCAAUACAUGAUGCUGCUACUCCCAUGAUUUCCCGGUUGGGAUGGUGUUUUUCUUGCAAGCCUCACCCUUUUUCCUCCAAACAUAACAAUGUUCAAUUACGGCCAAACAGUUCAAUUUUUGUUUUAUCAGUCCAGAGGAUUUUUCUCCAAAAAGUAAGUUCUUUGUCCCCGUGUGAGCUUGCAGACUGAGUUUUUAUGGCGGUUUUGUAGCAGUAGCUUCUUCCUUGCUGAACAACCUUUCAGGUUAUGUCUAUAUAGGACUUGUUUUACUGUGGAUAUAGAUACUUGUCUACCUGUUUCCUCCAGCAUCUUCACAAGUUCCUUUAUUGUAGUUCUGGGUUUGAUUUACAUUUUUUGCACCACUAAUUAGCAUUUAAUGCAACAAGGGGUGCAGACUGAAGGAGACAGAAUGCAUCUCCUUCCUGAGCGGUAUGAUGGCUGUGUGGUCCCACUGUGUUUAUACUUACGUACCAUUGUUUGUACAGAUGGACGUAGUACCUUCAGGCAUUUGGAAAUUGCUCCCAAGGAUGAACCAGACUUGUGGAGGUCCAAAAAAAACAUUUGAGAUCUUGGCUGAUUUUCUUUCCCAUGAUGAAGCACUAAGUUUGAAGAUAUGCCUUAAAAUACAUCCACAGCUACUCCUCCAAUUCAGUACUCCCAUCAGAAGCUAAUUGUCUAAAGGCUUAACAUACUUUUUUGUAAUUUUCCAAGAUGCUUAAAGGCACAAUAACUGAGUGUAUGUAAACUUCUGAUCCUAAAUGCUAAUUUUGUGGUUACAAAAUUUGUUUUAAGGACGUCAACCUAUGUAAACUUCCGACUUCAACUGUAGGUAUGAAACUUGUUAUUUUAGCAUUAUACAACUAAUUUUAGGUUUUUGAAAUGGAGAGUGCUUGAGAAAUGUGUUUAAGAUUUGAAUACGUUUAUAAAAUAGAAUAUUUAUUUUUAUUUUUUCAUUAUAUUGGUUAAACUAACAAAUACAUGUUUCAA